AUGGCACCAGGAGGCUUCGCCAGCAUCGCCCUCGCGCGCCAACUCUCCGCUGAACGCAUCGACCGCACGACAAAGAAUAGCUGGAAAAUAGUCAAGCAAGUGCGCUUCGAGAUUCCAGCUGAUACUGCACCAACUACCUCCCAGCUCCCGUCAGAGUUUGCAGCAUCGCCGCGGCAGAUGUACAGUCCAACGUCUGCACCGGUGUCAGCCCAAAGGGCACUGAAUGCCUCCGGGGUUGCACUAGCCACUGCGACGAAAAGGAAGAGAACGCCUACUGAGCAGUUUGAGAGGAUGCUGGGUGAAGAGUUAGAGAAGAAGAGGAGGGUGGAGACAGAUAUGGUAGCGAAGGCUGUGUGGUGGUAG